UGGGCCAUCGUCCCCAUCGAGAUCAAGGUCGACAACAGCAAGGCACCAUACGAUUUCGCCGCGACAUACACCAACUUCAUCCGCGGGUCACUGGCUAGCAUGGAGUCGCGUGGCCAGAUAUUGGAGUACGCGAAUGCUAUCAUGAACCAUCAGCAUCGUCAACACGUCUUCCUCCUUGUUGUCUGCAGAUCUCGCGCUCGUGUGCUCAGAGUGGACCACGUGGGAAUUGUCGUUUCCCAACCGUUCGACAUCUUCGGCAAGAAGAGCUUCUUCUAUGUGUUCUUCUAUCGACUGGCACGCAUGACUCCUCAGCAGCAAGGAUUCGACCCGACCGCUAGGCUUGCUGACGAGGUAGACAUCCGGAAGGUGAAAGGUGCUGUUGGUAGUCUCUCAGAGUACCAUGCGAAGUGCUUGAAGAAGGCGAUGAAAGAUGACUAUCCUAUCUACAAGAUUACCUUCGAUGCUUCGCAACUCGCCGAUGUCAACUCGAAUCAGGAAGACCACACAUUCCUCAUCGGUCGACCUCUUGAGAUGAGCUAUUCGCUCAGUGGACGUGCGACCAAGACCUUCGCGGCAUAUGAUGUUCAUGCCGAUCGCGUGGAAUUCUUGAAGGAUGCCUGGAAGUACGCGUCCCCUGCGGUACACCCUGAGUGGGAGGUCUAUAAAAUCCUAAACGAUGCUAAAGUGCCCAAUGUUGCCACCCUGUUGUACGGUGGAUAUGCUGGUGAUCAACGGACGCUGUCGCAGAAGUUCUUACCCGAAGCUCUGUCGCCGUGUGCGCGACUUCACUAUCGCAUUGUCCUCAAGCAAUUAGGUCGGCCUCUGGAUGAAUAUCGGCAUUCGGCACAAUUGAUAUUUUUUCUGUGGUGUGUCUUGACUGCCCACCGUGAUGCAUGGGAAGCUGGCGUACUCCAUCGCGAUCCCGCUCCAGGGAACAUUGUUAUC